GCGAGUGGCGCGGUCGCCGUGGCGACGGGGCCGGUCCCGGGGAGGCGGUGAUGGGUUGACAGGUGCGUGACAGUCGGGAGCUUCUCCGCAGGCAUGUACGGCAAAGGCAAGAGCAACAGCAGCGUCCCGUCUGACAGCCAGGCCAGGGAGAAAUUAGCGCUGUAUGUAUAUGAAUAUCUGCUCCAUGUAGGAGCACAGAAAUCAGCCCAGACGUUUUUGUCAGAGAUAAGAUGGGAAAAAAACAUCACGCUGGGGGAGCCCCCAGGAUUCUUGCAUUCUUGGUGGUGUGUAUUUUGGGAUCUCUACUGUGCAGCUCCAGAAAGACGAGAAACAUGUGAACACUCAAGUGAAGCAAAAGCCUUCCAUGACUAUAGUGCUGCAGCAGCUCCCAGUCCAGUGCUAGGAAACAUUCCCCCAGGAGAUGGCAUGCCAGUAGGUCCUGUACCACCGGGGUUUUUUCAGCCUUUCAUGUCCCCUCGGUACCCUGGGGGUCCAAGGCCACCUUUAAGAAUACCCAAUCAGGCCCUGGGAGGUGUCCCUGGAAGUCAACCACUCCUGCCCAGCGGGAUGGACCCCACACGGCAGCAGGGGCAUCCAAACAUGGGAGGGCCGAUGCAGAGGAUGACUCCUCCAAGGGGAAUGGUGCCAUUAGGACCACAGAACUAUGGAGGUGCCAUGAGACCCCCACUCAACGCUUUAGGUGGCCCAGGGAUGCCUGGGAUGAGCAUGGGUCCUGGAGGUGGCAGACCUUGGCCAAACCCAACCAAUGCUAAUUCUAUACCUUAUUCUUCAGCCUCUCCUGGGAACUACGUAGGUCCCCCAGGAGGUGGAGGGCCACCAGGAACACCCAUCAUGCCUAGUCCUGCAGAUUCAACCAACUCUGGAGACAACAUGUACACUUUAAUGAAUGCUGUACCUCCUGGACCCAACAGACCUAAUUUUCCCCUGGGACCAGGGUCAGAUGGGCCAAUGAGUGGACUGGGUGGAAUGGAUUCACAUCAUAUGAAUGGAUCAUUAGGUUCAGGAGAUAUGGACAGUAUUUCCAAAAACUCUCCCAGUAAUAUGAGCAUGAGCAACCAGCCUGGCACUCCCAGAGAUGACAGCGAGAUGGGUGGAAACUUCCUAAACCCUUUCCAGAGUGAGAGCUACUCCCCUAGCAUGACAAUGAGUGUGUGACCCGCUCACCAGUGUCACCAUGAAGACCACAGUGAGUUGGCCCUCUCCAGAGAGCUACUGCAGAAGAAAAUUGCUCGUCCCAGUGUACAGUUUAACUAAAGGAUCUCAGACACAAUCAGACCCACCUGGCUUGUUUUUCUUUUCCUACCAUCUCCCCCGUUUUGUCAAGGAAGUGGGUCCCAUGCUCGAGACAACUGUAAAGAGUGCUGUGACAGACCUGCCCAAGGUGGAACUGCAAGAUUGUCUGCGUGUGACACGUGUGGGUCGACGUCGUGUGUGUGUGUGUGUGUGUGUGUGUGUGUGACACAGAAACACACACACACACAUCCAGACACCCACAGGACAUUGUAAAAUAGUAUCACAUCACAUCUUAAGUAGAAAUGAGAAGUAGGGACUUCUAUUCCAUCUUCUUUUUUUUUCACGUUUACAUUUUAAUUAUUAAAAUUUGCUUUCCCUGUCCCCUCUUGAACUGUUCUACAUUGCAUAUAUCACUGCUUUAUAAGUUAUUUUUAAGUUGAACUCAAAUGAUAAAUUCUUUUGAUUUUGUUAAUGUCUGCCAUUAUGGAUAGGAAUAAAAUUGCUUAUAAGAGCUUUCAUUAACUUGUGUUUGAUACCAGCUACCCUGUGAAUCACAAAAUUGUACUGUCUCAAGAAAUAGAAGAAAGCUCAUCUGAAUUUUUUUGAGAAAUUUAAUAACUUUCACCUAGUUUGGGGAUUUUUUUUAAUACUUUGCCUUUAAAAAAAAAAAAAGAAGCACUGAAGGUUAUUUUUCUUCUUUAAUUGAAGCCUAAUAUCUGCAAUAUCUAUUUUAAAUGGAAGCCUGAAUUUGAUACAAGCUUCUCAGUUUAUAUAGAGUACUAUAAGGUUAAUGUAAGUGAGCUCCAAUUGCUUUAGAAUCUAGCAAUAAAGGACAGGGCUUCCCCUGCCCUUGGAAAUGAGUUUUCUAUUUAGCAUGGUCUUCUGUAGGGGUGGUAGUUAGUGGAAAAACAGUAGAGUCCUUAUCACCAAAACCCUUUCUAACAACUUACAAUUAUGUUUCCUGUUUUCAGAGGUUCUCAAACAAAUAGUAACAGUUCAUGCUCCUAAUUAUAAACAGCAUUUCACAAGCCCAUUCAGUGAAUCAGGUCACCAUGCUGCUGCUUGGGUGUGUGUUUUCCACCAUGUCUGCCAGAAUUAAUUCCCCCAAAACUUUCCAGUCAGCAGCCUUUUUUGAGCCAAAAUGUUGCAGUACAAAAGGUCUUACCUCUUGCCGUGAACAGAAGAGGAACAAAGGUCUGGGCCAUUUUAAGAGUGGGACAGCCUGUUAGGUGUGAAAGCUGGGAACAGAAGGGAGAAAUGGUCCUAAAGGAAAUGCUUCUGGAAGCAAUCCAUGUAUCUUCAGGCAGAGCUCUGAAACCAAGAUAAUGGUACAUAUAUUUAAUUCCUAGUGAUUCACAGCUCCCCCAAGAAAACAGAAGUUUUCAGUUUGUAGUGAUCAAAAGGGUGAUGAUCAGCAAUGUGGGCACAAAGUGGCUCAGCAAAAAUUCAGGCUACAGACAAAAAGCAAAUUCCCCUCCUUGGACUUACAGAUAGAAGAGCCACUUAGAGAGGAGGAGCAGUUCUGGGCUGUAGUAUGUCCGUCCAUGUGCAAGGGGAUUUUUUUUUUUUUUAUGAAUUGUGAUAAAGAAGCAUAUGGGUGGGCUUGUUGUGAUGGCAGCUGCAUGUACUGGGAUGUGUAAGGAAUACUACAAUCUCCUAAGUCAUUUUUAUUUCCAUGUAUAUAUAAUAUAUGGAAAUAAAAAAGAUUUAACACUUCACUCUCUUGUUAGGGCAAUUCAAAGAUGAAAUGCUCAGAGGUUUAAAGUUAUGUUAAAGUCUCAAGGAUUCUGGUAGCUUUAUCUUUUGGUAAUAAAAACUACUUUGAUUAGUUGAAAACAUCAACUAUAUAGUCAUUUUAUGGUUUUGUAGACUGUAUUCCCAGUGAUUAUGAAGGUCACAUUCAUCUGCUUCUCUUUGGAUAACACUUUGUUGCUGUCUCCAAAGAUGGAGACACUACUGACUUGAGUUCCAAACACAAAAUCAGGUGUUAAUUUCCUCAGACCCUUUGCUGUUGUCACUCACACCAGUGAUGUGUUCCCAGAGUCCAGGUGUCCUUGCAGCCUGUGUUGACACCUGUAUUAUCCAUGGUAGCCUUCCAGGAAGGACGUGGGGACUCCUUCCUGCCCAGUUUCAGUCAGGUGAUGUCACUGGCUCCUGGACUGAGGUAAAUGGGGGCUAUGAAUCAGGUGCCAAAGCCUGUUCACACUCCAGAUAAUUGUCAUCUUGGGCACCUUUGAAGGGUGAAAGUCUGACCACCAAAGCUGUCAAGGAAGCCCCUUGAAUGGAAUUUCCAACGUAUAUUGGAUAUUGCUAUCAAACUAUGUUGUCCUCAUUUUUAUACAAGAGUAAAAUGUCCUUUCAGGCACCUAAUUUACUUGGUGUGCCCCACAUUUCUCAUACCCACAUAGUCCCACAGACAGCAGCUCAUUUUUUUGUUUUGUUUUGUUUUAAAUAUGCACUGGGCUUUUUGCUUGUUCAUUUUUCUUUCUUUUGCUUACAAAUCCUUGUAGGAUUUUCAUCGUAGCUGGAGUAUCAGUGUGGAAAGAAAGACUAUUCCCAAGCCCUGGGCUUUUGCUCCUACUUAUGUUUCUUAUGCUCCAGAUAUAGCAAUGUAACUCCUGUUUGUAUCUGUCCUUGUGCAGCAGCAUUAUUGAUAAUGUCAGAACUUGUCCAACUCUGGGAGCAAUUUUAUUUUAAGUGGUGCAGGAUAGUGUUUUUUUCUCUCAGCUUUUAGAUAGAUUUUGCUCUUUAAUAUAGAAAUAAAUAAUGGUGACUCUGUAAAUGGGUCUUUCAGACAAGGUUAAGGUAAGUCUUUUUAAAAACCGAAGUGAUUAGAGCAGCAAAAAUAGGGAGUAGGGCAUCUCUCAUACUGUGAGAACUCUGGCAACUAUUCUGGCCUUGUAGAAAUCAGCUGAACUUGGGAUUUACUUGUGAACUUCACAGUGAAACCAGUACUUAACAUGCAGCAUAAACCAAUGAAAAUGAGUAUUCUUACCCAGAUCUAUCUGCACAUCACCCAGAUUUUAUCACCAUGUCUAAACCUUGUACAGGCAAGAACAGAGCUUAGGGCAAGGAAGAAGCUGUCUGAAUUACAGGUAAAAGCACAUGGCCUGACAUGUGCAUCAGCAAAAUACCCAGAUAUUUGCGUGUACGUAUUGAGUUAUUUUCUCUAUUGCCUGAGCAAGAGGAAGACCUGCAGUUGCACUCAAAAAAAGUGCCAUUUUUUAUUUGGUUGCAGAGCCCUAGCAGGUUCAGUAUUGAACUAUUUAUUCCUUUUUCCUCCCCCUUACCAGUCAAAAUGACUUCUUCAGCUGAUACAUGUUGCACCUAAUUUCUAUUUCUCAUAUCAGUUAAUUAUUUUGGAGUGUUUUCUCCUGUUCCUGGUCAGCCCUGAUGUUGUUAUGACGGCUGAAUAUGGACUGGAUUCUUCAAUAUUUGACCCUACACAUUCACAUUUCAAUAAUGUAAGGUAUAGCUUAAUAAUGUAAAAAGAACAGGUAAAUUUUUUUAUCUUUAAAUGAUAUAACUGUGGCUCCUGUACUGCUUGGACCUUAAGGACCUCGACAAAGUACAGUUCUCAAAUAAACCCCAAAGAAUUAUUUCAACAGUGACAUCUCACACUAAGGAUCUAAUUCAGGAUUUAAUGAUACAAAACAACUAUAAAAAUUAAAAGACAGAUGAGUUAGUUUUAGAUUUUACUGUAUGCAGCUCUCUUUACUUUCCAGUUAUUAUUGGCACAGUCCUAUAGGCUGCUGCUCGUACCAGUUCUGAUGAAACUUGGAUGAAACCACUCACAUAGUGUCAUUUUUUGGGUAGGACUUCACCCUGAUCUGGGUCAAAUCUGUAACUUGCCUGAGCUGUGACAUUAUUUGGUAGAUGUGUAAACUGAGUACUUCGGACAAAAUACAGAGGGUCUGUUGAAAUUACUGAAAUGAUGUUUCAACCUGGAAAAAAAAAAAGAAAAAAGUAUUUAAAAUACUGCUUUGAGUGCAUGCUUAUAUAUUGUCUAUAUAUUGGGAACAAAUUA